AUGCAUCGUCUUUUUACUGAGCUGGAGCCAUCUAUUACUGUCACCGAGCAAAACCUGGCAGACCGAGUUCGGUAUAUCUUACGCUCAAAUAUAUUUGAUGGCGCCGAACUCGAACGGCUACGACGUGAGGCUGUUCCCUCAUCAAAUGAAAACGCUACGACUGAGGGUGCGGUGCCACAAGUUGCAGAACAACCCGCACACGUGGAUGCCGCCGAGAAUACCCCAGUGGUUGCUGAUUCAAAUGAUGAUGGAACAUUCACCCAGGAACUAGAAAUAGAGCAAAUGAGGAGUACAUUGGAAGAGGCGAUUGUGGAAACGCGCAGUACGCCUCUCGAAAAUCGACCGCGACUUCCCCGCAUAGCCCUAAGCAAGCGGAAUCGGGCUGUCGUGAGGGCUCUGAACCCAAUGCUGGUGACCUAUUUGGAAGCCAGCCGGGACCUUUGCGAGACGGACUCAAUUCUCUUUGGCGCCGCACUGGCAGUCUGCCGUAUUAUAGGCGCCAAACUUUCCACGGCUGGACGCACUACUGGACAAAGUAGUGCUAUCCCAGCCUGGAGAACAAGAAUUGAAGAACGUAUCGCAAAGGCUAGGGCCCUCAUCGGCAGACUGAUAUGCUUCAGGUCAGGCAAUACCAGGCCAAGGAUUGUGCGCACCGUCAGGAUGGCGUUUGCUGGGACAAAUGUUAGUUUGUCCCAGCCGGAUAUAAUGCAAAAACUGACGGAGCGCAUAGACGACCUGAAGCAGAGAAUCGCUGCUUGGGGAAAGCGAAUUCGGCGAUAUACCGAGAGGUCGACACGGUUCAACCAGAAUCGUCUCUUCCAGAGUGAUCAGAAGAGGCUCUAUAAAUCAUUGGAGCGACCAAUGGUAAGUGGAACGGGCCCAGUACCGAAUCAGGCCGACACGGUCGCAUUCUGGCGCAGCCUGUGGUCAGAGCCCGUAAACCACAGCGAGGGCCCUUGGACGGAAGUUGUGGCGAGUCAGUGUGCGGGUAUUACGCCCAUGGACCCCGUCACCAUAACGCCGGAUGACGUAGCUGAGGCGGUCCGUAGGGCCCCGAACUGGAAAAGUCCGGGACUUGACGGGCUGCAUCACUACUGGCUGAAGGGGUUCGUGGCAAAAAAAUAUAAUAAUUACAUAACAUGUUGUAAUAAAUUUAAAAUGAAAUUUGAUGUUGUUAUGGAGCAAUAG